AUGACCACCUUGAGCAGAUUCAUCUCCAGGCUAUCCGACAAGUCGCACGCUUUCUUCGAAACCCUAAAGGACCCCAAGGACUUCCAAAAGACCGAGAAAUGUGAGCAAGCCCUGUCCGAUCUAAAGGCCUAUCUCACUACUCCACCUAUCCUCUCAAAACCCUUGGAAGGAGAGGUCCUGUUGCUCUAUCUGGCGGUAUCGGAACACGCAGUCAACGCGGAGACCCGCUAUAGUCACCUCGAGAAGCUGGCCCUUGCUCUAGUCAAUGCUGCCCGAAAUCUGCGUCCCUACUUCGAGGCUCAUCAAAUCGUGGUAGUCACAUCCUUCCCUAUCAAGGCAGUUCUGCAUAAGCCAGAAGUUUCUGGACGUCUAGCAAAAUGGGCUAUAGAGCUGGGGGAAUACGAUGUGAUCUUCCGGCCCGCAACAGCCAUCAAAUCGCAAGUCCUAGCGGAUUUCGUAGCUGAAUUCUCUUCUGCCAUGCUUCCAGCCCUGGAACAAGAGGUAAAGCUUCGUGAUAGCGAAGGGGAGAAAGGUGAAUGGAUACUGUACGUCGAUGGGUCUAGUAACAUAAGGGGCGCAUGCGUGGGACUGGUCCUAACUUCCCCCACGGCGGAAUCAGCCUCAAGGGCCGCGAAAGAUCCGAGUAUGGUCGGGUACCUAUCUGUGGCUAAGCGACUACUCGACAGGUUCCGACAUUGUAAGCUCACCCAGAUUCCUAGGGAGCACAACUCCCAGGCUGACGCCCUAGCUAACCUAGGGUCUGCCCUAGAGACUACAAGUCAUAUGAGCAUCCCAUUACUGGUACUCCAAUGGCCCGCGACCGAAAAGAAGACGAAACCUGAAGAAAUAUCUGUGGUAGACGAAGGAGAGACCUGGAUGACGCCCAUAAUCAACUACCUAAGGUAUGACACCUUGCCUGAAGAUCAAGACGAAAGUCAGAAGAUAAGGCGCCAAGCUGCAAGGUAUUGCUUUUCCGAGGGGAAACUAUACCGAAGAUCCUUUUCAGGACCCUAUCUACGAUGUCUUACCCCUAGAGAAGCCGCCAGGAUAUUAGAAGAGCUGCAUGAAGGAGAAUGUGGUUCCCACUCUAGUGGUCGGAGCCUGGUACUCAGAGCUAGAAGAGCAGGAUACUAUUGGCCAACCAUGGCGAGGGACUCCCUCAAACAAGCAAAGCUCUGCAGUCAAUGCCAGAAGCACGCGCCAAUCCCCAACCUUCCACCAGAGAACCUCAAAUCUCUAAGUUCUCCUUAG